AUGUGGGGAGGUGCAGCUGAGCCAGCAGAUUCUUACUACCAAGUUCGUCCCGAGUGCACCGAUGUGCCCAAGACCAGAUUCAAGAUCAAGCCUGGUAAAACUCUAAGUGUAAGAAAAUGGCAGGCUGCAUUUGUCCAAGAAGGGUCUCUCGAUAUUGGCAAGACUCUUAAACGAAUCCGUAGAGGGGGAAUCCAUCCAUCAAUUAGAGGUGAAGUCUGGGAAUUCCUACUCGGCUGUUAUGACCCAAUGAGCACAUUCGAAGAAAGAGAGCAAACCCGACAACGCAGAAGAUUGCAGUAUGCUUCAUGGAAGGAGGAGUGUAAGAAAAUGUUUCCUGUCAUUGGAAGUGGAAAAUUUAUUACCGCGCCUGUCAUUACGGAAAAAGGUCAACCCAACUAUGAUCCUCUUGUGCUUCAGGAAAUAAAUUUAGGUACAAAUUCAAAUGGUUCAGAUUUCUUUCAACAGCUCACAAGUCGUGGACCUCUCGAUAAGAAAGUUAUUCAGUGGCUGCUUUCACUUCACCAGAUAGGUCUGGAUGUGAACCGUACAGACAGAACUUUGGUAUUUUACGAGAAAAAAGAAAAUUUGUCGAAGCUCUGGGAUAUUCUGUCUGUUUACGCCUGGAUAGAUAAAGAGGUUGGGUAUUGCCAAGGAAUGAGUGAUCUUUGUUCCCCAAUGAUUAUUCUUCUUGAAGAGGAAGCUGAUGCGUUUUGGUGUUUUGAGCGGCUUAUGCGUCGACUGGUACUUACCUUACACAUAUUUUCAAUCGAGGAAAUUUCCGCUGCACUGGGAGAUCUGUUGGAGUUGAAGCUCAACUUACUCAUUUGGCUUCAAUCACUCAGAUUAUUGACCCCAAACUUCACCAACAUAUAG